GGUCUUGCAUUCAAAAGUCUCCGCGGUAACCAGCAUGCUUUGCGUAGGCGGCAUUUUUCAAGAUGGCGGCCAAUAUCGUUUAUUUUUGAGAGGACGUCUCUGAAAUUUUACUAAUUUUACCCAUCUCUUAUCCAUUUAACCGGCAUCUUGACCGUCAGAAAACACUAAAAAGCUUCCUGAAGAGGUAUAUGGGAAUUCUCAGGCUGUGGAAUUGCUGUUUUAAUGCUGUCGUGACGUUAAAAGGAGUGGGUUCAUUUAAAUCUUGGAUUUUUUUGUAAUUUUCAAAGUACGGUUGACUUGACUAAAACAACAUCGUGAGAGUCAGAAUGGAGAAGUACCAAAAACUCAAGCGAAUCGGGGAAGGUUCCUUCGGGAAGGCGCUGCUGGUCAGAAACAAGAAGGACGGCAAGCAGUAUGUGAUCAAGGAAAUUAGUAUAACAAAGAUGUCUCCAAAGGAAAGACAAGAAGCAAGGAGAGAGGUGACAGUAUUGUCCAAGAUGAAGCACACAAACAUUGUUUCAUAUCAGGAGUCAUUUGAAGAGAUUGGAAACCUGUACAUAGUGAUGGACUUCUGUGAUGGAGGAGACUUGUACCAGCGUAUCAACGCACAGAGGGGGAUUCUCUUCCAAGAAGAUCAGGUGAUGAACUGGUUCGUCCAGCUGUGCUUGGCGCUCAAACAUGUGCACGACAGAAAGAUCCUGCACAGAGACAUCAAGUCACAGAACAUCUUCCUCAUGAGAGAUGGGGCUAUCAAGCUGGGAGACUUUGGAAUUGCUAGAGUUCUCAACAAUACUAUGGAGCUUGCAAGAACCUGUAUAGGAACUCCAUAUUACCUGUCACCAGAGAUGUGUGAGAACAGACCAUACAACAAUAAAAGUGAUAUAUGGGCUUUAGGCUGUGUACUGUAUGAGAUGUGCACACUCAAACAUGCCUUUGAAGCUGGAAACAUGAAGAAUCUGGUCUUGAAGAUAAUCAGGGGUUCGUACCCACCUGUGAGCCCACGGUACAGUUACGAGCUGCGGAACCUGGUGGCACAACUGUUCAAGAGGAAUCCAAGGGAUCGCCCUUCCAUCAACAGUAUCCUGAGGAAGAACUUCAUCUCCAAGAGAAUAGAAAAAUUCCUCUCGCAAGCAGAAUUUCAAGAGGAAUUCAGCCACACAGUUCUGCACAAGCAACACCCUUUAGCAGCUAAGCCUCCUGUCAGAGCAGCCCAAAAGCCUGUAGCGGUUGGCCCACGUGUUAGUGACCCAGCUGCAAAGUAUGGAGUCCCCCUGGCAGGCAAGAGGCCUCAGGCAGGAGCCAGAAAACCUGGUGACAAUGUAAGAAGGCUGAGUGCUGCCGAGGAGCGACAAAGGGAGCUUGAGAGGAAACGUAAGGAGUUGGUGGAGAGGGAGGCUAGACGCCGUCAAAAGGUCAAAGAGCAAGAAGAGAGGGUGCGCCAACACCAGCAGAAACUCUCCGAAAAGAAAAGGAUGGAACACAUCAACCAGGCGCGAGAACAGGGGUGGCGUUUCACCCUGCUAGGCUCUAACGAGAAUAAACCAGCUGAAGACAACAAGGACAAUCAGGAUGACAAGAAGAAGAAACCUUCUGCUGCUGCUGCAGGGGGUCCAGUCUUUAAGAAACCACUAGGUCCUAAGCCCCUCAGGGAACGGGGUAACUAUGAGGAGUACCACGCCUACCUGGACAAGCUGGAGAAGCAGCAGAAGGAAUCACAAUUUGAACCUAAGGUUGCCCCUGCCGUAAAACCAUACGAAGGUUGGCCGGACAAGAAUGCGGUGCGGAGAGAGCUUGAGCGUGGCGCUGCGCAGGCACAGGACAGGGCACGGCAGGGAGCAGCAGACAAGUUGCUCGGUGCCCAGGCAGCAGACAGAGGCAGGGUUGUGGAUGAGUUCUUACAGCGGAAGCGAGAGGCUGCUAAGAACAAGGCUCGCGGGCAGGCCGAGUGGGCCAGACCAGUCUCUGCAGGGGUGAGCAGGCCAGACCAACCAGGAGAGGGCCAGAAGCGCCCCUGGUCUGCUGUGGAGGGGCGGAACCAUCAGGAGCAGGAGUACCUGGCCAGACUGAGGCAGAUCCGCCUGCAGAACUUCAACGAGCGCAGAGCCCUGGCAGGAGGAGCGCCCGCAGCUACACCUGUGUCGGCCGUGCCAGACCCUCGAUUUGAUGCUGAUGCAAGAAGAAAAAAGAUAGAGGCACUGAGGGCCCAGGCAGACGAGCGAGCCCAGCAGCUGAAAGAACAGCUGGAGAAGAAGAGGAGGGAUGCAGCAGAGAAAGAGAGACGGUCCAGGGUCCAACAAAAGGAUAGGCCAGAAAACAGGGCUGUACCCUAUGGUGUACCACCAAAAAUACCUGAAGGAUUCAAGGGACCAGUGGUGGGGCUUACUGCUGCAUUGGAGAAUGUGGGAGCUGGUGAUGUGAAGGAGGCCGAAGACACCUCCCCGCUGAAGAAAGAGAAAGAGAAGAUCCUGAAGAGGUUGAACUUGAACCCUCCUGACCUGGCCAAUGAUAACGGUGGUGACAGGAAGAAGUGGGGGGCAGGGCCAGCCAAGCCUGUUAGCCCUCUGAUAGCCAUGACUCUGGAGCAGACGGCCUCACAUAUGGAGGCCACUAGUGCAGAAGACAAGGUGCUUGUAUUCAACAAAGCGGGCGGAGCGGAGAGAAAGAAGUGGGGACAGCCCGACCCUGCCGGAAUAGCGAAGGACGACAACCGUAAGCGCUGGGGCGGGCCGGCGAACACGGCGCUGCGCGUGCUACAGGAGGCGGAGCUAAACGAGGACACCAUGGCCCUGUUACAGGGGUACCAGGGGGAGCUGGAGGACCAGGAGAGUCAGGAGGAACAGAAGGGGGUCAAGUUCACCAUUCCUCUGGGGAAGGGCGAGGACAAGCCAGAUGGCUCAGCACCCUCCAAGUCUCCACUGGUGGGCACCCAUGUGGUGAAGCCCAAGACGCCUGUUGGCAAGGCUACCAUUACAAUACAGAAUGCUGCCAGCCCUAUCGGCAAGACUAUCACCAUCAACCAGGCUGGAACUACAGAGGAUGAUGGGGUAGAGGUGGUCUCAACAGAGGAAGGUGUCAAAACUGAACCUAAGGACAGUCUGCCCAAGACAAAGGGUGCAUGGGCAGGAGAGGAUGAAACUGACAGCAAAGACAAGUCUGAGAAACUUCCCACUCCUGUGGAUGAUGGUAAGACCCAACGUUCUCCAAGGCCAAAGUCGGCCAGCCCCAGACCAACCUCACCGUUAGUCAAGCCUGACGCGUCCCCACGGCCCAAAUCUGCCAGCCCCAAAUCUGCGGUGUCCAGCCCCACACAGGAGGACGCACCCACCCCCACCCCUGGGGAAGAACAGGCCAAAACCCCCACCAAAGAAGACAAGGAAGGUACUGCUCCAAGGGCGAAGUCUGUCAGUCCUAGAGUGGUCACUCCCACUAAAGAUGCAAAACCUCUGUUCACCAAAGUGCAACCUAAGGAGCAGCAAGAACAAAAACAAGAAGAAGACGAUGACUUGAAACUCGAGGAAGUGUCAUUUUAUGAAACAGCAAAAGGAGCAGGGAUUCUGGAAGGGCUGUCUACAGGAUGUUUCGACUCCCCUAAUGUCAAGAUGUUGCGGACAUGUUCCAUGCCUGACCUGAGCAGCCUGUUCAAGACAGACAUCGCUCUCAACCCGUUCUUUGAUGAGAUGCACGCACAUGCGUCCGUCCGUGCCUCACUUGGGCUUGGUGAUGUCGGCACACCGCUGGGAGAGGACCAUCGCCUGUCCAUGGAUGAUGCAGAUGAUGAGGCAGAGGGGGAAGAGAAGCCAGAGGGUGAAGAGAAGGAUGCAAGUGAUGAAGGGGAGGACCUACAGGACUACUACAAGAUGAAGGAGUCCAUGGAAAAUCUACUGGAGGACAGCACAAGUGGUGAGGAGGGGGGUGACGAGGCGGAGGACACAGCUGACAACAUGGAUGAGAAGGAUGUGGACACGACAGAGACAGCAGAGGGAGCGGAGGGAGGGGAGGAGGAGGAAGAUGAUGACAGUCGUUCCAGCCCUGCAGAACCCCUUAAUGAAGAGUGGCAAUCUGAAAAUCCUCUUCCUGUCCUUCAUCUUCCUGGCUUACCUGUACUUCACCUGUCAUCAGCUAGGGGGAGCCCGGAGGACUACUGGUCCACUGCUGAUGAGGAUAUAGAGGAGGACGAGGAGAAAACAUUCCUUACUUUACUUAGACAGGCUCUAGAGGACUCCAAAGACAGUGAGAGUGAUGAGCGAGACAGUCUGAGUGAUGAUGAUGACGAUGACAGUGUCUUCUCUCGGUUGGAGGAGACCAGAAUGCGACUCGAGGACGAACUCGGUCCAGAUGUGUUCAUCAAGGCGUACAAGGCCAUCCAGGCCUUCCAUGAAGAUGAGGAUGAGAACAUGGUUGAAGGACCAAAGGUCGUAGGUCAGAUCCUGGGCAAGGAGAAGGAGCACCUGUAUCCCAAGAUCCUUCAGUUGGUGAUGGCUGAUGGGGCAUAUUGUGAAGACGAAUGAUGUGGCUUGGGAAAGUAUUAACCGUAUACUGAUAAUGACUGACACCAAAGGGACCACUUCUUCACAUUCUAACAUUACAUGCUGCACACUAAAGAUACAGUUACCUAUAAAUAUAGAUCUGACUAUUAUAUGGAUCUAACUAUUAUAUAGAUAUGUAGAGCUGUAUUAAAAGGUAAUUGUAGGGAGUAUGAUUUGAUGUGGAGUUGUAUAUUUUUGUGCUGUAAUGAAGAGAAAUGAUAGGAAAUAUGGUAAGGUAUUUUUCAAGUUGACCAAUUGUAGAUGAUAUAGCUUUGCACUGCUGCAUCCAAAUGUAAUGUUGUACUGUAUUACCCAAUAGAAAAGCAUUGCAAGACGUCGACAAUUCAACAAAAGCCGUCCCUCUUGUAGGACUGCUGAGAUUAAUGUAAUAUGAAUUUUGCAUGGUAAACACAUUGUACCUAAGGACAAGUAUUGUGGCACAUUUGUUCUGCCUGACCUUUGAUAUCUUGCAUUUAAUUUGAUGGUCAAUAGAUAAUAAUCAGUUAGACUCUAUGCUAUCAGUGAUUGGACAAAUAAGGUCAACUUGAUAUAGUAUAUGUGCAUGUACAGAAACAGUCUGGUCAUGAUUUGCACUCUGAACUCUCACUCACUCACGAUUUGGUUUAAUAGUAUAAUAUCUGUUCCCCAUCCCUUGGGGAUUAGACGCACGUAGAUGAGGGGGCUUGAUGGCAGCUCGCCAGCGUCCUCUGUCACUUGGGUUGACAUUUAAAAUACAGAAUUAAACAAUAUGGAAAUCUAGCUUGCUAGUAGUCAAUUCUGGUGCAGUGGAAAAUGGGACCUUUGAGCACUUGUGAUUAUUGAAGUACAUCCAUACAAUGAGAUAGUCUUACUUCUCAGUGAGAUAGUCUUGAUUCUCAGUGAGAUAGUCUUAAACUUCUCAAUGAGAUAGUUUCAACAAAUAGUAUGUUCAGUAAAUACAGUCAGCACUAUAUGUGUAUGUAAAUAUGAGACAUCACUAUUGACCAAUUACAGAUGCUUGUUGCUGACAUCCUGUACCAAUAGCUAAAUGAACAUAUACUGUAGCAGAGUAUUUUGCAAGUAAGUCUAUUGUGAAUAGUAAGUAGAAGAUAGCGUAGUGAUGUGCAUAUACAAUGUCUUGUGUAUAUUUACAUUUACGUGUGUGCAUCUGUAUCAUUGCUGCUUACACAGUUACCAUUUGCCAAGUUGUGCCUCAAAAUAACUACAUGUGUGUGUAUUUGACCUGCUGCUUUAUACAUGUUUAAAUGAUCUCAAAAUAUUUUAAGUAACAAAAGAAGACUGAGUGACAAAUCCAUAGUUACAUAAGUCUUGUGUAUUGUCUGCAACAUUGAUUUUGAACUUAGUAGUAUUACUUACUGUAUACCUUGCGCUUUGUUUCCUUUUUGGGUGUUUUUUUAGCUUGUUUUUCCAAAUUUCAAUGGGCAUAUUUUGAUUUGUACAAAAACCUUUGGGCAUGCUUGUGACAUUCCUAUGUUCAUGGGCAAAUGUAUUAGGAAUUGUUCAUGAUCAUUCAUUGUAACAUUCCAAUUAACAGUCUUAGAAGCAUAUUCAUGUAUCUUUGUUAAAUCGACUGUAAUCUUUAAAAUUUGUUUAUUGGUCUCUGUACAUUCUACCCUGUCACUGAGUGUCAUACGUAUUACAUGUACUAUAAUACAUGUAGGUACCAAUACCGUGCUUCGUUAGAUGAUAUAAGAAAAAUCUGUACACAUUUAAAAGAUGCAAGCAUAAUGGUGUACAUUGUAUGUGUAGCAAUAUCAUGUAGUGUUUUCAACUAAGUUGCAUACUUUGCAAACUGUGUUUGCAUCUUAAUCUUUGCUGUGAUUGAAUGGUGACUGAGUGAUAAGUCUUCAGAGAACACAAACAUCUGUUAUGUAUGUAUGUAUAUAUAGUCUAAAACACAAUAUACGGUAUUUGUGCAUCACAGGCAAUAUGCUGGUUGGUUAAGCCUGGAAGUUUCAGACAUCUAGACCUAUGAAUUUGCACUUGUUGAAACCGUUUACAGCAAUAUCAUUGAAGUCUUUUGUAAGGGUAUACGUAGUUGUCAACAUCACAACAUUACAAAUGCCAAGUUGCCAGAGAACUUCCAGGUUAAACCACCAAGUGUGAUGUCAUAAUCACUUGUGACAAGUUUUGCUUAUUUCACAAAUAAUAGAUGGGUGCACAUUUUUAUUUUGUUUUGUCAACUUAAUACAUACAUAUGUCCAAGACAUACGUCCACGUUUGUGUUCACGCCCUGAAGACAAUUGGGAGAAUUCCAAAAUACAUGAGAAUUCACAAAGAUGCACUGAUU